CUUCCUGCAAUGGAGUCUUUUGGAGUUACGAGUAUUCUGGUCUUCGUGACCUGCCUUUUUUUCAUGACAUUCUGGAGAAAGACCUCUCAGAGUAAGAGGCUGCCUCCUGGCCCUUGCCCGCUCCCCUUGAUUGGAAACUUUCUGCAGCUGGAUACCAAGAAUUUCCCCAAAUCUCUGGAGAAGCUAAGUCAGAAGUAUGGACCAGUAUUCACCAUCUACUUGGGCUCUACACCAGCUGUGGUGCUGUACGGACAUGAUGUAGUGAUGGAGGCCUUGGUUGCACAAGGAGAGGAGUUUGGUGGCAGAGGAGAAUCUCCCAUACUUAUGAAAACUGCCAAUGGAACAGGAAUUGGCUUCAGCAACGGGGAAACAUGGAAACAACUCCGUCAGUUUGCAGAGACUACACUAAACAUGUUGGGCAUGAGCCAGAAUAUUGAGAAGAAAAUCCAGGAGGAGACUGGUUUCUUAGUGGAGAGACUAAAGAGCACAAAUGGAAGGACAUUUGAACCUACCUGCUUCCUCAGCCAGACAACAACCAAUAUCCUAUGUUCAGUUGCCUUUGGGAAACGCUUUAAUUAUGAAGACAAGGAUUUCCUGAGAUUCCUUCACUUAUUGGAUGAAAAUGCGCACCUUCAAUCCUACACAAUGACAAAGCUCUAUAAUAUUUUUCCAACAAUCUUGGAUUAUCUUCCUGGAUCUCAUCAGAAGAUAUUUAAAAAUACAGACGAGUUAAAACAGUUUGUUUCAAGGCAGGCGAAAAUGCACCAGGAGACUCUACAGCCUGAGCAUCCAAGAGAUUUCAUCGAUGCCUUUCUUAUCAAAAUGGAGCAGGAGAGACAGAACAGUUACUCUGUCUUUGAUCUCCAGAGUUUGGUGAGGAGCACGUUAGACCUUUUCACUGCAGGGGCAGAAUCCACCAGCCUUGUCCUGAAAUACGGACUCCUGGUUCUCAUGAAGUACCCCAAAGUACAAGAGAAAGUUCUUCAAGAAAUUGAUGGUGUGAUUGGCCCAUCACAAAGGGCCUGCAUGGCAGAUCUUGAUAAGAUGCCCUACACAGAUGCCGUAAUCCACGAGAUUCAUCGGUGCCUGGCUCUUGUACCACUGAAUGUGCCACGUGCUGUGAUCAAGGAUACAUUCUUCAGGCAAUAUCUCAUUCCCAAGGGAACUACCGUAUUUCCUGCUCUGAAGUCCUCCUUGUAUGACAGUAGAGAAUUCCCCAACCCACAGCAGUUUGAUGUUGGGCACUUCUUGGACAAAAAGGGAGCUCUGAGAAAGAGUGAAUUCUUCAUCCCUUUUUCCACAGGCAAGCGGGUCUGUAUGGGCAAGAAAUUGGUAGACAUCGCAGUCUUUGUGGUCCUGACUACUAUUCUGCAGCAUUUUACUCUGAAGCCACUGGGGGAUCCUGAUGAUCUUGAUAUAUCACCAACAGCUGGUUUUCUGACAGUUGCCCCCAAAUCCUACCAGCUCAGUGUUGCCCCUCGCUAAACAGAAUCAAUUACCCAACCAUAUUUUCUGCUAAUACUGCAACUGUUUUCACGUCAGGCUUUGACGUUUCUAAUCCAGCAUCUGACACAUACAGUAAUGCUUGAAAGUAAAGUCAUUUAUUCGAA